AUGAUUUGCUCGAAUUGCUUCGCUGUCGGACACCGACGUGACGGUUGUCCACUCAGAAAACUAAAUCAAAUCAAGGAUUUAACACUCGAACUUGAAGCCAAAUACAAGAAAUCAGUAGACAUUGACAAAGAAAUCAUCCUAAUCAGAAAUGUGACGAGUGGUCUUGAGAAAAAAUAUAAAUUGGAGAUGAGAUAUUCGCCGUAUCAAAAAGGAAGAGCGAAGAAUGCGACACACACCAUGAUUACCAGAAGUAGGUCGCACGUAUUAGAGUCAGAUCCGUUGACGAAGAUGUUUAGCGUGGAACAGGGUAUAUGUAAGAACGAAAGUGAACGCUCACAAAAAGAUAAUAAGUUGCAGGUUAAGAAGGAAAAAUGA